AACAAAUUGCAAAAGAAAACGAAAAUAAUAUUUUUUAUUGCAAAAAGUGCUACAUUAACAAGAUAUUUAAUCAGCCUAGAUGUUAUGAAGUGUUUUCUGACGGUCAUUGAAUAAGAAAUAUGAAUAAUGGCACCCAAAUUCGACUAAUAUAUAAUAAUAGUGGAAGAAGAAUUCUUAUAUUUUGAAUGUAAUAAUUCUAUGCUAAUAUACAAAAGAAUAUUACAUGUCUAAUUUAAAUAUGGGCGCAAUAAGCCGCUGGUUAGAUGUAGAAGUUGGGACAGCAGAUAUAAAUCUCAACACUUUGCCAUCAAAUAUAGCUUUGGUGGACUUGAAUAACGAUAAUGAAGUCAAACUUAUUGUGGGCGACAUGGGGAAAGAACAAGGAGCUCAAUUAAAGAUAUUCAAAGGCACAAUGCAGAUAUCUGACAUGGUUCUACCCGAUCUACCGCUAGGAGUAGUUAGCUUCUAUGCAAGUGAAACUAUGCCAAAAGCACCACCCUUGAUAGCAAUUGCUUUUGACUCGUGCAUCCAUAUAUAUCGGCAUUUAAAGUUCUUCUAUAUGUACCAAUUGCCAACUGUUGAAAUUAAUGAACAGGAAAUGGAAAUUUGGAAACAGCUCAAAGAUCCUGUGAAUCACAAUGAAGCAUCUCUAUUGGUUCUUUCCAAAACACUCUACUCUCUAUCACAUAAUUUGUGCAGCCAAUCACGGAGCUUCUUGCAAAUGACCAUAGACCAAAAACUAGAGUUUGUAGCCACAGCAGAUCUGCCAAAGAAAAUAAUACAUAUUUCCUGUAUCACAACUUUAAAAAUGAAUUCCACGGAUAAGUAUGGUGUGAGUUGUCUUGUGAUUGGGACUGAAGAAGGUGAUGUACUUGUGUUGGAUCCACAUACUUUUACGCAAUUGAUUAAGGUGAAUAUAAACACAGUGAAGGCGGUACCAUACCAAAUUGUAGCGACAGGACUGUUCAAUGUUGAUUAUAGAAUAACUGUAGCCACAAGAGAGAAAUCGGUAUGUUUACUCAAAAGGGAUUGGAAGGAAGGUCGGCAGUUGUUCAGGACAGAGGAGCACAUUAUAGCCAUUGAAGUUAUGAACUUCGACAGCAGUAUCGUGGUUAUCUGUUGUGAUAACACUCUCGCCUGUUAUAGUAAGAAGGGUAAGAAGCAAUGGUGGAUAAGCCUGGAACAUAGACCAGUGGCGAUGUGCCAAGUGCCGGUACUUCAUCUUGGUAUUACAUUGGUAGCUGUGGCACUUUCUUCUGGGCAUUUGAAUCUGUAUGACGGGAAGGUGAAACGGGAUAGCAUGUUUGUUAGAGAUAACGCAUCCGUGAUUAAGUUUGGACAACUGGGUCAAGAGGAACACGUGCUCACGAUAGUCACAGCUAAUGGCAAUCUCAUGUUAAAAAUAUUAAAACGUACAGCUGAUUUCAACGAACAUGCGGCGGGGGUCGAACCAACGGCCAUUGCAACCACUGGACAGAAACCUUGGCUCAUACCGAAGAAGUCAAAACUGUUUCUGGAACAAUCUAUGCGGGAGAGAGAAAAUGCUGCAGGAAUGCAUCACACAUUCCAACAUGAGUUAGACCGACUCCGUCUGACAGCUGCUAAGACACUUCUAGAAGUGUACACUAAAAGCGAUAACGCGAUGGGAAUAGGUGCUCUGGAACCCGUCAGAUUGGCUGCUGAGGUACAAGGAUUGGGUCCAGUGUUUCGUAUGACACUAAUCAUAGAGAAUACAUCCAAAGACAAAGCGGUUGUCGGUUUGUCUGUACUGUUUCACACACAAGGAACGAGCUAUAAAGUUAAUAACCCUUAUAUCAAGAUCCCACUUCUGACACCAGGGAGUCGGCUAAAAUUCCCCACAAAAGUGGAAGAGAUAUUCAGUGACAAUAUAAACCCUGAUGUGUUUUUCCGAACCGUGACUGGUCAAGCUGAAGGGUCUCUAAUAAAAAUACUUCUUCUAAAGGAGGGGAAAUCGAACCCGGUACUCGCGGCGACUGUGCAAAUGCCUGCCACUGAUCCUAUGAUGGUGCCUUUUGAGAAAAUACAAGCUACAUCGGAUUUUAAUGAACAAGCAGUUAAUUAAUAAAAAAAAUAAGUUUUUCUUACAUUGGAGGGUAUAUUGGAGUCUUCGUAGGUGAUAGUUGAACUAAGGAAAUGUGCUAGGUUUGAAUAAUAAGUUCUAGUCAGAGUAAUAAAUGCGUAUAAAACGUGAA